AUAAAACAGCCGUAGUUUCCGUGCAUUGUUACGGAAGUUAAAAUUCGUCGAACGAUAAAAGAUACAACGGCGUAUAUAUAUAAGGGUAAAUUCUGUUAGAAUAGCUGACCAGUCGCAAGAGAAGAGAUCAAAGAUCCCGCUCAGCACCGAACUUAUUGAGCAGGAAGAUGAAGUUAGUGCCUUCUUUGAUGUGCAUACUCAUUCAUUUACCUUCGCUCCUAUGCAGUGGUGAAAACCUUUCCAGCAAUGACACGCCACUUCAUCAUCUGAUGACAAGCGAGGAAAUCAAAAGGCUUUUCGGAGUGGAGCAUCUGUCCAAUGUUCCUGAAUACGAUGUCACAUUACCGUUUAAGGCGGAUGAAGGAGGCAGUUUUCUCACAUAUUCGCUGGAUCACCGAUCGAAACGAGAUCUGGCUGAGGACGAUAACGAUAAUGCAACAUAUCAUUACAUCAUGGACGUUUCGGGAGAACAGCUGCACCUUCAGGUUAAACGUCACACCAAUUUCAUGGCUCCUGAUCUGCAGCUAGAAACGCACGAUGAAGAAGGCCGACGAAUUACAAAACCGGUUUCUCGAAAGUCAUUCGUAACUGGAAAAGUGGCUUCGGACUCCGAUUCUAUGGUGGCGUUGAGUGUUGCCGACGGAUUGACUGGGAUAGUGAGACGUUCACGUAAUACUUUCUUAAUCCACCCUCUGCCCGCACGUCUUGCUCGGCACGUGAAAGGAAAAGAAGAGGCAAGGCCUCACUUGGUUUACAGGAGAUCAUCGCAGGAGGGAAUCGACUGUCACACUAAACCAGCGAAGAGAGAUGAUUCAGCGACAAAACGCCAGUUACAGGAAGAUAGCAACGAUAUUGGGAUAACCCACAAGUACCUGGAAGUGGCACUACUUGCAGAUGAACAAACCGUGGCCUUCCAUGGAAACCUGAUCGAGGACUUCUUACUGCUGAUAGGCAGCAUUACAAACGGAAUUUACCAAGACUCAACGAUCGGAAAUAUAAAGAUUAAUUUCGUGGUCACUCGCCUUGUUCUUAUCAAAAAUACAGAGCUUGGUAUUGAUCCAUCUGGUCAAAAUAUUCCUCAUAAGGCUGUACUUGGUAAAGUAGGUGAAUGGGCUCGGAAUAACAACGUAAAUGAUCAAUCAGAUCCACUGCAAUUCGACAUAGCUGUUCUUAUCCGCAGCGGAAAAACUGGAGCCUUAGCACGGUUUGGUGGAAUUUGUUACUACAACGAUGUAGCAAGCGUGGUGAAAGACAACGGUCUGCAGACUGCUUAUGUCAUCGCACACGAAUCAGCGCACAACCUCGGGGUAGGUCAUGAUUCUGAAGGUAACGUGUGCCCCAAUUAUAAAAAUAUCAUGUCGACGGUGUUUCAAGGAGGACCUGGGUCAGUGGAAUGGUCUUCGUGUAGCAUGACGAAGAUUCAGGACUUUCUAGUGAGCAGCAAUUCUGUUUGUUUGGAUGAUGUUCCUUCCUCAACCCGCCCAACACCCCAAAGCUCAUUCCAAUCCGUGCUGCCAGGUCAACUAGUCGACGCGGAUAAGCAGUGCGAAAUCCAAAAUGGGGUUGGAUCCAGAAGAUGCCCUCAAAGAGAGGUUGAAUGCGGCUCUCUUUACUGCACAGAAGAUGGCUACUACUGUCAUUCUCGCUCGUUCAGACCUCUUGAUGGGACGGCGUGUGGAUUUCGUAGUUGGUGCAUUAAGGGCCACUGUGUAGACAACGGUUCACCAAUGACCAAUGGAGGUUGGAGCGAGUGGUCUGAUUACACAGCUUGUACUCGAUCAUGCGAGGGGGGAGUUCGUUACCGAGAAAGAACAUGCACUAAUCCACCACCACAAAAUGGAGGAGACGAAUGUCAUGGGUCAUCGAAAGCAUACUGGGAAAUAUGUAACAGCGAUGUGGAGUGUGAUUGGUCUGAACCAUCUUUUCGUGAGCAACAGUGCAAACAAAUAAAUUCCGGCUACACAGCUCACUCUCGGCCAAAUGUAAAUCCUUGUACAUUGCUCUGUCGGCUUAGAAGUGUAGCUAAACCCCAUGGAAACGUGAUUGACGGAACUCGGUGCGGCUCAGAACGAUAUGACUAUGAUGUCUGCAUACAGGGACAAUGUCAGGAGGUAGGGUGUGAUCACAUACUUUAUUCUGGAAAGGAGAAGGAUAGAUGCGGAAUUUGCGAUGGAAAUGGAGACUCAUGUACUCUUGUGCAGUCCAACUACACAGAAAACUAUAUGACAGAAUGGGAUCCCCCGGACACCAUCGUUGAUCUACCUGUGAAUAUUUCCAAUGCUGUGUUUCAGCAGAUCGGGAAUGUAGCGCAGUACAACUUUAUUGGUAUUCAAGAUGGAAAUGGAAAAUAUUUGAUUCGAAUACCCACUUGGUCACACAAGGUUCUCUACAAUGCUGGAACAAGAAUAUACUACAACAAUAACUACCAAUUUCCAGACCGCUUAGAAAUUGACGGGCCAACGAACAUGACACUUAAAAUAGUGUAUGUACACGUGCCCCGUCAAACGAACGUGGCAGUCGACUAUCAUUAUUACAGAAAACUGCAUAGCAACGAAGUUUCGGUACCACCAACUUGUCACUGGAUUACCGGGAGCUGGACGGACUGUUCAACAGGCCGACAGACACGUGACGUACGUUGUGUAAGAUCAGAUGAUUUGACCCCUGCUAGUGCUAACUGUUGUGGUGAAGAUUUCAAGCCGAACUCGGAAAAUCUUUGCUUUGAGUAAGUGGAAAGAGUGAGUGCAAGGGAGUGCGACUAUGGAUCUUUGGGGUAGACUAGUAUUUAAAAUAGUAAUUGAACCGAGUGGAUUACAAUUCGGGGAGUAAUUGCGCGAGUGAUUUCAAAAUCGGACGAGCGCGAACUACGUGUUGCUGCUUUUAUUCUUGUCGUUAUUUUCUCAACGCUGUGUUGUUGCUGUUGCUCUUGUUGUUCUUGCCGCUGUUGUUAUUGUUGUUAUUGCUGUUGUUGCUGUUGUUGC